AUGGCCUCCAAACAUGUUACCAGGCCUCUACUGAGGCUCACGACUCCGAUCCAGCCAUGCCGCUCCUUCUCCAGACCGGCCGCAUCGCUGCUGAGCAUUGACGCCCUUCCCACACAGCGAAGAGCUGCGAUUCGGAGCACGAGAGCAAGACCCCUCUUUGUCGCCGGCCAGAGGCGUGCCAUAUCGGCCAGCUUACAGCGUCGAUAUGCUGACGUGGACGCGGACGAAAGCUUCGACCCGGCAAGCGUCGAGCGAGAGUCGGACGAAGUCGACGUGUGCAUCGUGGGUGCAGGCCCCGCUGGAUUGAGCGCCGCCAUUCGGUUAAAACAGCUGGCCAACGAGGCGGGCAACGAAGACUUCCGAGUCGUGGUUCUGGAAAAGGCGGGUGAAGUUGGCGCACACAUUGUCUCUGGCAACGUGCUGGAGCCGCGGGCGAUCAACGAGCUCCUGCCCGACUGGCUGGCCGAGGACAAUGAGAACAGGUUCACGGGCGCCACGCCUGCCGGGUCCGACAAGAUGCGGUUUUUGACCAAGUCGGCCGCCAUCCCCAUACCCGCGCCGCCGCAGAUGCACAACAAGGGCAACUACAUCAUCAGUCUGAGUCAAUUCACCAAAUGGCUGGGCGAGCGUGCCGAAGAGGUGGGGGUGGAAAUCUAUGCUGGCUUUGCUGGAGCCGAAAUCCUAUACAACCGCGAGGGCGCAGUCAAGGGGGUCGCAACCAAUGACCAAGGUGUAGGACGGGAUGGCAAGGCCAAGUCCAACUUCGAACGGGGCAUGGAGUUCCACGCACGCUUGACUCUGCUUGCGGAAGGCUGCCACGGCAGUCUGACCAAGCAAGUCUCCAAAAAAUAUGAUCUCAGAAGAGAUUCCCAGCCACAGACAUACGGCCUGGGAGUGAAGGAAGUGUGGGAGAUCCAGCCGGAAAAGUUCAAGAAAGGGGAAAUCUCCCACACCAUGGGCUACCCCUUGUCCAAAGAUACCUAUGGCGGCGGUUGGAUGUAUCACUUUGGUGAUAACCUCGUCAGUCUGGGACUGGUCGUGGGGCUGGACUAUUCCAACCCUUGGAUCUCCCCCUACGGCGAAUUCCAGCGCUUGAAGUUGCACCCCUUCUACAAAUCUGUGCUUGAAGGCGGCAAAUGCAUCGCGUACGGAGCUCGUGCCCUCAAUGAAGGCGGCUUUCAGUCCAUCCCCAAGUGUGCAUUCCCUGGCGGCGCAUUGAUCGGCGACACUGCCGGAUUCCUCAACGUGCCCAAGAUCAAGGGUACGCACACGUCCAUGAAAUCAGGCAUGCUGGCGGCCGAAGCCGCCUACGAUGCCCUCAACGCCAACAAGGAAGCGACCACCAUCUUCCUGUACAACUACGAGGACGCACUGCGAGAAAGCUGGAUUUGGCCCGAGCUCAAAGCUGUGCGGAACAUGCGACCAUCUUUCCACAACCCGCUGGGGAUUUAUGGCGGUAUCAUGUACUCGGGCCUCGAUGCCUUUAUCUUCCGCGGCAAGACUCCUUGGACGCUAAAGCACAAGAAGCCCGAUUGGGCCAACACCAAACCGGCCGACCAGUGUCCCAAAAUCGAGUACCCAAAGCCGGAUGGCGAAAUCACCUUUGACAUCCUCACAAGCGUCUCACGCACGGGCACGAACCACGAGGAAGAUCAGCCCGUGCACUUGCAGGUCAAGGAUUGGGAUGAACAUGCACGCAAAGAGUGGCCCAAGUACAAGGGCGUGGAGAACCGAUUUUGCCCCGCUGGUGUGUAUGAGUAUGUGGAGGAUGAUACCAAGGAUAUUGGAGUCCGGUUCCAGAUCAACUCUCAGAAUUGCAUCCAUUGCAAAACCUGCGAUAUCAAAGUCCCAGAUCAGGAUAUCAACUGGCAAACUCCGCAAGGUGGUGAGGGUCCGAGCUACAGUAUUACUUGA